GUGCCAUGGCUCUGAGCCUGGGGCUGCUGCUGGCCCUGCUGGGCUGUGCCACAGCAGCGGAUCCUGCCCUGGAGGAGGCCUGGGAAGGGUGGAAGAGUCUCUAUGCCAAGGAAUAUCCAGGGGAGGCUGAGGCGCUCCGCAGGGAGAUCUGGGAGCAGAACCUGCGCCGCAUCCAGCAGCACAACCGGGAGGAGUCGCAGGGGAAGCACAGCUACCGCCUGGCCAUGAACCACUUCGGGGACCUGACGAACCAGGAGUUCAAUGAACUCAUGAACGGCUACACCCCGGUGCCGAGGGAGGAGCCGGCAGAAUUCCAAACUUCGGCAGCCCUGAAACCCCCCAUGAAGGUGGACUGGAGGGCCAAGGGCUAUGUGACACCUGUAAAAUCCCAGGGGGACUGCGGGUCCUGCUGGGCGUUCAGUGCCACGGGGGCCCUGGAGGGGCUCAUGUUCAGGCAGACGGGGAAGUUGGUGGCGCUGAGCGAGCAGAACCUCAUCGACUGCACCAAGAAGUUGGGCAACAAGGGCUGCAGGGGGGGCCACAUGCAACGGGCCUUCCAGUACGUGCGUGACAACGGCGGCCUCAGCUCCGAGCGCGCCUACCCCUACACGGGCACGGACAACUCCCGCUGCAGAUACAAUCCCUCCAACAAAGCUGCCAACUGCUCCAGCUUCAGGACACUGCCCCGGGGCGAUGAGGCGGCCCUGGCACAGGCGGUGGCAGCCGUGGGGCCAGUGUCGAUGGCAGUGGAUGCCAGCAGCUACACUUUCCAGUUCUAUGGCUCAGGCAUCUUCAGUUGCCCAUAUGGCCAGCAGCAGCCGAACCACGCCAUGCUGGUCGUGGGCUACAACACUGCCCACUUCGGCAACUACAACGUGAGCUACUGGAUCAUAAAGAACAGCUGGUCGGAGGGUUGGGGCGAGAAGGGCUACAUGUUCCUGCUGAAAAACGCCAACAACCAGUGCGGGGUGGCCAGUGAUGUCAGCUACCCAGUAGCCUGA